AUGAGCUUAUCUCUGCUCUCUCCCACCUCUGGUCAGCUCAACCUCGACUUGCUACAGAAAGCUCUGAAGAUCGCUUGUUUUGGUCUUCCAAACGAGUUGAGACAAUCUCCAGAUCCGUCUCAGACAGUCACAACUGAUAAAAAGGAUGAAGAGAUGGCCGACGUGGAGGACAAGGACGCCCUGGUUGACCUUCCCGCACUAGAGAAUCGCAAGCGUCAUCUCGAUGAUAGCCUGAAGCGAGCUCGCAAACGACUCAAGCCACGAGGUUCCUUUGACCAGGAAUACUGGACGUGGGCUACUGAAACCGACUUUCGUCCAGCGGCAAGAUAUCUUUAUUUUCACUAUGUGAUCCAGCUCCUGCGAUACGCAUGGCAAUCAGACUCACAGGGAGGAGAGCAGGCCAUCCGUGUUAUGAAAGGGGAGCACGGCAAACCAUACUGGGGCACUCCGGGCCGAUACCUCCCCAAGAACAUGUUACUGGCACUCGCUGAGGAGCUCGGCCAUGAACACUCGCUUGAGAAUGCCGGUCUUGCAGGCAGAUCUUCAGUGCUUGACGAGCAAGAGGAAGAGGACGCUAGUGAUGACCAGUAUGAUAGCGAAGAGGAGGACGGUGAACUUUAG